AGCGCAGCGCUGGGGCUGAGCGCCGGCCUUGCUGGCUGCGCCAUGGAGCUGCGGAUCCUGGAGCCCCGCGUGCGGGUCCUCAGCCUGGCCCGCCGCGGCCUCUGGCUCUACACCCACCCGCUGCUCAAGAUGCUGCUCCUGCCCCAGCGCAGCAGGUGUAGAUUUUUCAGCUUAACCGAGACACCUGAAGACUACACGAUCAUGUUGGAUGAAGAUGGCUUCAAAGAACUUCACGCCUCUGAGUACCUACAAGUGGUGGAUUCCACCUGGCUGGUGCUUAACGUCUCGUCGAACGGCAGCGCCUCCAUCAGCCAGCCGAUAGGAGUCACCAAGAUUGCAAAAUCCGUCAUCGCACCCCUGGCCGAACAUAACGUCUCCGUCUUAAUGUUGUCCACCUAUCAGACGGAUUUUAUUUUGGUACGGGAGAAGGAUCUGCCUGUGGUCAUUCACACCCUGGCCAGCGAAUUUGAAAUUUAUAAGGAGGUGAAUGGAGAACUGGCCCCUGCAAACUGUGAAGACAUAAGCAACGGGUUCCACAAGGCAAAGCAAGAAUUCAACGCCACGGUGCAUCCCAUUCAGACUCCUCAGAAUAGAUUCUGCAUUCUCAGCAUCGCUCCCGAAACGUUGCCAGCCAUUGCCACGAAGCUCAUCGAUGUCCUGUUCUACUCAGCCAGCCCACCAAAAGAUGCAGCUGCUAACAACCAGGAGUCCAUUACUUUCUUUGCCUUCUCACUGAUUGAGGGCUACAUCUCCAUCGUCAUGGAUGCAGAGACCAAGAAAAAGUUCCCUAGCGACCUGCUGUUGACCAGUUCGUCAGGGGAACUCUGGAGGAUGGUCAGAAUUGGUGGACAGCCCCUGGGCUUUGAUGAAUGUGGGAUCGUGGCCCAGAUUGCGGAACCUCUGGCCAACGCGGACAUCUCCGCCUAUUACAUCAGCACCUUCAACUUUGACCACGCCUUGGUUCCAGAAGAUGGCAUUGGCGAGGUCAUUGAAGUGCUCCAGAAACGCCAGGAGGCUGGGAGUUAACCACCUGGGCUCCCUUCGUCUCAGGUGUGGGUUUCAGAAGCCAAACUGAUGGAUCUGGUCCAGCCUUACUCCCCACGGAUGUUCCUGGAGAGGGAGAGAGAGAGCCUGGGAGCCCAGCUCCUCUGCAAGCCAAAUUAUCUUUCUGGGGGGACUCGUAUUUGCGUGGAGGACAUUCCUAACAUUCUCACCUGAGGAUACCUUCCAUUUCUCCCAGGGGAGAAACACGUGCCUUGUUGUCCUAAUUCUCCAGAUUGACCAACAGGGAUGGGAUUCUCUAGGUAGAUUUCAGUGUUACUGCUUCUUCUGGUUAUCUCAGCCGUCUUCGUGUUCCUUGAUGAUCUGCUGUCUCUAAAAACCCUCAGACAUGAUGACCUGCUUCAUGGUCAGAAAGGAGAGGUGUCUUCUCGUUCUCUCUCUUAAUUUUGCACAUAUUCUGAGAUUUCUAAAAGCGUCCUUGGGGGGGGAGGGGGCAGGGACGAUGUGACUUAAUUAGAAUUGCACUCCAUGCCCCGCAAUGAAAGGAUGAUGUUCUCCAGAAACAAUGUUCUCUAGAUGAUUUGAUUGAGGGAAGGGGUGAAAUCUACUUACCUUCCCUACCGGUUCGGAUGUGCGCGCGUGCCAUCUUCACGUCCGAUUUUAGACCCUCUUCGCUUGCGCAAAGCCUUCUGCGCGUGCUCAAGAGAGUCAAAAACAGGUUGCUUCCUGGUUCAAACCAGGAAGUAACGAUGUCCGGGCGGUUGUGCGGAGCCUCGCGCUGCCGCCGCUACCGGUUCGCUGGACCACACUCCGCCGCCGCUACCAGUUCGGCUGAACCAGAGCGAACUGGUAGCAUUUCACUCCUGAUUGAGGGGCUUCAGGAGAUGAUAACCCCAACGUAUCUGGAGUCCAAACAGCCCUGGCUUUAGAGUCAGGUUCCCCUCUUCAGUGCACAAUGUUAAGAGUAGGAAACACUUGAUUUUUAAAUUUUAUUUUAAUCGGUUGUAGGGAAGGUUGGAGAAGUGACCAGAAGGAGGACCAGAGCGAGCUUUGGACCUCGAUGUCCAUUGUUCAAUGGCUGCUAAAAAGAGAGAAAUAAGCUUUUUUGGGGUGGUGCUCCUGCAGCGUCCGUUACUUCUGGUCUCUUGUGGUCGGUGAGCAGUAUUACAAACCGACAUGAAUCUGAAGCAUUCGUUGUCAAAUAUUUUUUGGGGGGGCAGGUUGGCGUUGGGAGAAAACGUGGGUCGAAAGAAAGCUCCCUCUUCUUCCCCACCCCACCCCCCUGCUUUUUUGAAGCCUUAAUGCCUUAAAAGUGCCUUCUUGUUAUUAAGCUUUCUUGAAGGACAAACGAUCGUGUGAAGCUACGGCCUUCAUCUGGUACGAAAUUCUGGAAUGGCCUGAAAAAACGGAAGAACUCGUGUUGCAGUUAGAAACCGUGUCUUUUUUUUUGUACUGAACGUGGGAUGGAAGUAGAGAGGUCCCCUGGUUUACGUCGGGGUGUUGGGUGACACGGAGCGCGUCCUUUUGUCUUUCCACCCCUUGGGGCGGGGGUGGGCUUCAAAAAUUUUAGCAAGGGGUCCUCUGCCCGGUUGCUGGUUGGGUGUGGCCAUGUGGCCUCCUCCGCCACGGCGGGGAAGGGGCAUUUUUGCCCUCCCUGGGCUCUGGAGGCUUUCCUCGAGCCUGUGGGAGGACAAAAACGGCCUCCCCAGGCUCCAAGGGCCCUCUGGAGGCCGGAAAUGGGGCCGAAUUUCCAGUAGUCCUGUUUUUUGCCCUCCCCGAGCAUCUCCCAUGCCCUGCACUUACCAGCAUCUAAAACAGGCCACGUGGGGACUCCUGGGAGGGGGUAGGCAGGGUCCGCCAGGAGUGGGAUUUGGGGGGGUCUCCGAACUGCACAGAAUCUUAGCUAGAGGUUCUCCCGAACCCCUGCGAACUCCCAGAAGCCCACGCCUGCCUUGGGGACCUCUUAUGAGGUCUCUUCUUGGGGACCAAGGAGAAGGUUGAGUUUAGAUGUCUUACCGCUCCAAACUCCUCCUGCUCGAAAGAGAAGGAUUGUGGUUGUGUAGCUUCCCUCCCCCUUCUUUCUUAGCCAAUCAGAUUGCUAGGAAAAAGGGGGGGAAGGUUUGCCCACUCCCAUCGGGCCGGCCCAAGCCUUGUGAUGGUGAUCUUGAGUUGAGAAGGUUGGCGUUGGCUUCUCAAAGGCAUCGGUAGAAGAUGGGACCUCUCACCACUUACAGAUUGACGCGCCUCCACCUCUACCCAUCUAGGCCUUCCCAGACUUUGGGUUUUCUAGAAAGUUCCUAGAGCUUUCCACGCGAGUUGAGAGUCCAUGAUCCAACAUGGGACCAAUCACCCAUCUUCUCUUGAAUAGAAGAGAAGAAAUUGGGCACAACAGAAACUGGCCUGAGAACAUGGAUUGGUGGAGUUGGUCAGGAAAGACACAAAUCGGUGCACCCUUCGCCACCAUGAUCUUAAUUUUAUUUGUUGGUGCUAUAAACUUUAGACUAAAAAGUUGUGUUCCUUCUCUACAAUGGAAGCCUUUCCUUAGCUGUGGCUAAGAUUCAGAUUUCUUUAUAAAGUUCUGUAUAAUUGGUUUUUUUUUUUCGGGGAGGGGAGACAUGGUUUUAAAGUUUGGUCAAUAAAGGUCAUUUUUAAAAAAAAUGUUCAAACGAUCUAAUAAAGCAGCGUAUAACUCAA